AUGAACUCACCCGAGGGGUGCCCAGGAAAACCCUCACUGACUCACCGCCCACUCCAGCGCUCAUCCUCACAUUUAAAAAGUGGUCCGAGUCCCUUCACAUCACAGAGCACCAAACACUCACCGGAGAGACGAACCCACGGUCACACACUCAUUCAUCCCAACGUUAACUGUCUUCAUCAUGACUUUUGGCUUCAGGACUUCUGCUGCGGCUCUUCUUUGGCUCCUCGCGGCUGUAACGUGCGCUCCGUCCAGGUAUGGAGUGCAGGACGCAUGCGCAGAUGUAAAGCGCAGCUCGAUGGAGCUAAAUCAGCAAGCCAAGAUUGCAUCAAUUGAGGUAUACAUGUAAUUUUUUAAAAUUGUUUUAAUGUCUUAUUAACGUUAUAGGAUUUACAAUUAUGUUUUUGCCUGUUCUCAAAUCUGAGGCAGUUCUGCAAACAUAUGAGAUGAUAUUUAUUUUAUUUUGUAUCAAGUGUGAACUUCUCCUAUUAUCAUUAUUACUAUUAUUAUUUGUAGCAAUAAUUUAAGCAUACGUUUUUUUGUUGUUCAAUGAAAUGCAAACCGAGUGUAUUUGUCUCUGAUGGACCACAGGCUCGAAAUGGUGACAAAUCUGAAUCAAAUUUCACCACUUCACUGGCUUGGAUGGAGGCAAAAGACAUGUGCAACCCAGAGGCCCUCCAGCAGCAGUCAUCGGUAUGUAACAAAACCACCAAAUAUCGCUUUUUCACUUUAAAUAGUCAUAAGAGACAGUAUUUUAAUGGGCUUGACAGUGGGUUCCUGUGAUUACUAAGUGCCUUUCCUUCCUCAGACAUGCAUUGGGAAGAUGCUUGAGGUCCUGAGGAAUUAUGAUGCUUAUGUGGAGAAGAUAUCCAAAUUCGAAAGCUGCUCACAGUUUGCCAAUAAAGUGAAACCGGCUCUGAUCAACUUCCACCGAGAUGUGAGCAUAUGUGUGAGGUCCAGGGCAGGGAUGGAGCACCACGAGGUGAGCUCAAUCCCCCAAAUAAAAGUCCAACAAACUUUCAUAUUUUUUAACAACAGCUUCAGAAGCCUUACAGCUUUAAUUCAUGUUUUUUUGUUUAUUUUUUUCUGAUUCUGCAGGAGUCUGACGCCAGUCUGGAUGACUCUCAGUCCCUCCAUCCCUGGCAGGAGCCUCUCCUCUGCCACUACACCUUGGACAGGCUCUUCUCUUUCUCCAUCCUGAGUGCUCGAGUCUUCGCUGUCGGAGAUCCGGCUCAUCACUCAGAGGGCUCGGCUCAGAAGUGCAUGUAG